CUUUUAGUGCCAUUUCAGGCUUUGAUACGUAGUAAGAACCAAAAGAAUGUUUAUUAAGUAAAUGAAUAAAGACAGUAACGAAGAACUGUGGCGAUACAGAAGAAGGAGAGGCUGACUGAAAAAGUUUCAUGAGGGUAGUAUUUUUUCAGCUGUUCCGCAGAGAAGUUUUUAACAGGUGGAGAUGGCGUUAGGAAUUUUCUAGGCAGAGGGAACAAGAGAAGGUUCCCUGAAAGCAAGGAAUAUGCUGGGGCAAUGGCAAACGAUCCAGUUUAAACGCAGCAUUGGUAAGACCAGAUCAUGCAGGGCAUUAAGGUCAUAGAAAGGAGUCUGAUCAUUGUUCUGAGCAUAAAGAAGACUUUUUGAAAGGGUUUAAGCUGGGGAAAGAGAUGAUUAGACCUGCGUUUUAGCAUUAUUACCUUUGGCUGCGAGGGGCAUGGGUAGAAGCUGGAAGACUGAGUUCACUGCGGUCCGGAGGAAACGGAUGAUGCGGCCUGGGGCGGGUGCGGAGCGGGUGGGCUGUGUCGGCGGUAGAACGCACAGGUGGUGGUGGGGCGGGCGGGAGGCCGAGGGGUUUCCAGUUUGCACACACAGGAGGGCGGCGGGGUACCACUCACAGCGCCGGGUGACCUCGCGUGAGCCGCGGUCCGCCCCGCACCGCCGAGCCGGAGGCGCACGCACCCAGCGCACUUGUCCCUCGCGCGUCGCCGUCGGCGCAGCCCGCGGUUCGGUCGCAGGAGGCCGCCGGCGCUGCGGUUCCGGUUCCGGUGGGCGUCGGCACCUGUGGCGAGGGCGAGCGGCCAUGGCGUACUCGACGGUGCAGAGGGUGGCCCUGGCCUCGGGGCUCGUCCUGGCUGUGUCGCUGCUGCUGCCCAAAGCCUUCCUGUCCCGGGGAAAGCGGCAGGAGCCGCCGCCGGCGCCCGAAGGAAAGUUGGGUCGAUUUCCACCUAUGAUGCAUCAUCACCAGGCACCCUCAGAUGGCCAGAGCCCUGGGGCUCGUUUCCAGAGGUCUCACCUUGCAGAGGCAUUUGCAAAGGCCAAAGGAUCAGGUGGAGGCAUUGGAGGAGGAGGUAGUGGAAGAGGCCUGAUGGGGCAGAUAAUUCCCAUCUAUGGUUUUGGGAUUUUUCUGUAUAUACUGUACAUUCUAUUUAAGCUCUCCAAGGGGAAGACUGCUGCAGAGGAUCGGAAAUGCUCCACUGCCACACCUGGAAAUACCCACAGGAAAAUUACCAAUUUUGAGCUUGUUCAACUACAGGAAAAACUGAAAGAGACAGAAGAAGCCAUGGAAAAAUUAAUCAACAGAGUGGGACCUAAUGGUGAAAGAGCACAGACUGUGACUUCUGACCAAGAAAAGCGGUUGCUGCAUCAGCUCCGAGAAAUCACCAGGGUCAUGAAAGAAGGGAAAUUCAUUGACAGACCCACUCCAGAGAAAGAAGCUGAGGAGGCCCCUUAUAUGGAGGACUGGGAAGGUUACCCUGAAGAGACUUACCCAGUUUAUGACCUUUCAGAUUGCAUCAAGCGUAGGCAAGAAACAAUCCUGGUGGAUUACCCUGACCCACAAGAGCCCUCUGCUGAAGAAAUAGCUGAAAGGAUGGGCGUGCUAGAAGAAGCAGCAGCAGACCAUUUAGGGUGGGAAAUGCCCACUGACCCCAGAGCCCAGGAAGAGAAUUCUUUUACCUCAUGUGACCCAAAGCCAGAAACAUGUUCCUGCUGUUUUCCUGAAGAAGAGGAUCCUGCUGUGUUGGCAGAGAAUGCUGGAUUCAGUGCAGACAGUUACAGCGAACAAGAGGAAGCCGCCAAAGAAGUAUGGCCCCAAGACUUCAGAGAUGAAGGGCUGGGCAUCAGCGCUGAUAAAGCAUAUACAGGUGGCACACUGAGGAAGCGGAACCCCCAGGGUUUAGAGUGAAAACAGCCAGUUUGAUAAAGCAUCCAUUACUCUAGUCCUAAGGUGACCUUUCUCUCCUCUCUCAGAUUUCAUCCUUGGCCCUGUGCCUUGUACUUCAUUCUCUAUGUUUAAAUAUCAUAGCCAGUCAGGCCACUACCGUGGAUAUCCUGUAUGCAUCCUGGUGCUCACACGCCUGUCACCUUGUAAAACAUCAUAGGGAUUAGUAUGAACACAAGACAGCCUCCCUCCUUCUCUUCCUGCCUUUCCUCCGUCAGAGUUGAUCCACUGAGUAGUUUUGUUUGAUCUAUCGUAAUUACAGAUGGGACCACUCAGGGCAGAGGUCCGACUCUUCGUGCUAGGAGUCACAGAUGGUUCACCUUUGAGCGAACAUCAGCUUACACAUGAUGAGGACUUAAGGUUGCAAGAGGGAAGAUUUCAGAGUCCAAGAUGCCUUAUUCUGUGGGCCUUGAGCAGGUUAGUGGUCCCCCAGGUUCAAGAAGAGGACAUUUUGUUUGUGGGGAUGAUGGGGCCAGAGCAGGGUAAGACUCUGCUGUCUGAGCUGAAGCCCCUUUGCACAGUGAGGGCCUUUUUAGGAGCACUGAUGCUGCCUCAGAUAGUCGCUUUUCUCCAGAGUAGCAGAGACUCUCACUGACCUGAGAAUAAGCCCAGAGGCCUGUUGGGGAACUGUUUUGCUCUGAUAUUGCCUGAAUCUCUAGCUUCCUUUAUCCCUGUUCUGCUUAACAGAACUGCCAAAUCCAGAAGCACCUUUGUACCUAUGGUCUUCAGUGGCCAGAGAAAGCUUUGGACGGAGACUUUAGUCUUUGCCCUGCAGAGCCAAGAUUUGAGGCUGUUGAGGCUGCAGGAAAGCCUGCCCGAGGCUGAUGGUCCUGCUCUGAGAUGCUCAGAAGGCCAGAGGACCAGUGACAGGGACAGAAGCCUUGCACUUAAGGACAAGUCCUUGCCUAGAAGCUAUUUCUGCAUGUUGUGUUCUCUGGGAAAUUUGUUCUCACAACCACAUGAACUGAAACAGAAAUGAGAAGGACUGAGGCUGUAGACAAAGUGCCAGCCCAACAGGGAAGUUACAGCGUGUCUGUUGCAGAGAACCACUAUAGCAGUGCCCAGGGGAAGAGACCAUUUGUUCUCUGUUUGGAUAUCUGGGUCCUUUGAGAGAGCUGGGGUCAGCAGGAGGUAGGUUAGGACUGGGAGGAUUUUGACCAAACUAAAGGCUUAAUCUCUAAGCUGCCAUCUGUCAUGUGUCUCCUUGAGACAGGAUGGCACCCAUGAAUUCCAUCCAGUAAGGACGAGUUCCCAGUUUACAUGUACGACCUGAAAGUUUAAAGAGGACACAUUCCCGAGGACAUUCCCAGUCAUGAAGUGGGGAGAUUUGAAAAUUAAGAGAUUAUGUAAAGGUAGAUAUGGCUUUUAGAAUUCAUUGUGCUGGCAUGAGUAAGAUGUCAGAAAAUAGUUUGUCACACAUAAGCAUACAGACUGCUGGCAGAAGGUAUGGGGUUAUAGGAAGGUAAUGUGUCAGCUACUCCUAGGCAUUUCUGGUUAAUGAACUACAGGGAAGUCAUUGAAGGUGGAGUCUAUACAAAGUAUAUUGCAUCUGUCUCUGUGUGGAACAUGUGAUUCACUUGUAAAGAAUGCAGUUGGAAAUGUACUGAAAACAAUCGAGAUGUAAUGUAAUGCUAAAGGUAAAAAGUAAUGUAGGUGCUCUUUACUGUUUUGAGAAAUUGUUUUCUGCUGUUUCCCUUCAUUCACCACGAAGGGUUGAUUUAUGAGGAGAGUCCUGGGUCCCUUGCUCAAACUUCUUUGUGCCCUUAGGAUAUGGUUCCCUUAUUAGAGAUACGUUUGUUUUCCUUCUAGCUUAUUCAUUCAUCUGGUAGACACUGCUCAGAGCUAGUCAGUGGGAACAGAAGGCUCAAUUCUUCCCUUUAAUAACUUAAAACUUAGUUUAAUGUGGAAGCCUUACCCAAUUCAUUUUUUUAGAUGAACUAUAAACUAUAAAAGGGCUCAGGAUUGUGAAUUCUGCAGGCAAGGAAAUGUUGGUCAUGAUUCUAUCCCUGCCUAUUGUAGCUGUAGAAUGUCAUUGGCUCCUUAGCCCUUCUGAGCCUUGGCUUUCUUGUCUCUAAAACAGAGGGGGUAAGAGUCCAGGUCUUACAGGGUGCUUAUGAGAAUUAAAUGAAAUCAUCAGUGCCUAUAAGACAGCA